AACAUCCUUUAUUAUAUUUCCAAUGAAAACCUCCCACACACUAUAUAUAAAGCAACACAAAAAGACAAUGAAUGGAAGCUUAAAAAAGAAAAGAAAGAAAGUUGAGUAUUAAAGGGAAAAGCAAAAUACAAUUCUCGUGUAAUUAGCACUACUGUUUUAACACACACAAGCAACACCAGCAGCAUUAGGCCUCAACACAUUGCCAGUAUAAAUCAGUGAUUCGUUAGGGUUUCAGUUUCACAACAUCACACAGAUUUGGUUAGCAAUGGCAACGACGGCGGCCUCUAAGGCAGCCGACUCCUACAUUGGGAGUCUCAUUUGCUUGAUUACAAAGUCUGAGAUUCGUUAUGAAGGUUUUUUGUUCCAUCUUGAUGCUCCUGAAUCCACCAUCGGUCUUCGUAACGUGAAAUCUUAUGGGACAGAAGGACGAAAGAAGGAUGGACCUCAGAUAUCUCCCAGUGACAAAAUUUAUGAGUACAUUUUCUUCCGAGGCAGUGACAUAAAGGAUCUGCAGGUUAUAUCUUCACCAUCCCCUCAAAGUACUUCAGUUGUUCCUGAUGAUCCUGCCAUAAUACAGACUCAUUAUCCUAAACCAACAGCUUCAACCAUUGGCAUGACUUCUCCUGGUGCUUCUCAAGUAGCAGAUGUUAGUACCAGUGCACCGUCCAUUCUCCCUGUUGCACCUUUAUUAGUGAAUCUGCCCCCCAAUCCGUUGCUGCCAAGUUCUAGCCUUUGGGGCUCGUCACUUCCUCCGCCACCUUUAAAUAUCAGUGGGCCUGCUGUGCCUAAUUAUUGGCCAGGAUUAGUUGGGUCCUCAGGAGGAGUUUCUCAUUUUCAACAGCAACGUUUUCCUCCGCCACCACAGAGUUUGGUUGGAUCCCUUCCCAUUCAGCAGCAAGCGCAACACCAAAAUGUGAAUGCAUUAGCCGGAGGAUCUAGUUUGGCUGCACAACAUCACCCAUUGCUGCUGCCUAUUAGUACUACUUCCCCAAAUUUACUUCCUGCCGUGCCGUCUCCAUCUUGGCAAUCCAAUCCUGGGCAGCCAGCUAAACCAGCUUUUAGUUUGUCAUCUAUUCCAAGGCCAAAUAAUGCACCCCGUGCUCUUCCAGUUGCACCAAGAACAGUGUCUUCUCUGGAAGCAGAACUUAAUGCCAAUGCUAUUCUGGCUCCAGUGACGAAAGAACCAAGUUCCGUCAUUAUCACUUCAGAUUCUUACCCAACGUUUUCGGGAACUGUGUCAUCUAUUGUAGACACAAAAGGUGCAUCUCUCAGCAAUCUGUCAAGACUAUCCCUCUUGACACCAGAGAUGCAGUCUGGAGUGAAGGAUUCCUCAUCAUCUCAGUCAAUGCGAGCUCCAAACAUUGAUGUACACACUGUUCAAGCAUCAGUAUCAGAACCUCUGCCAUCAGGGAGUACUGAAGAAACCCUGGACUCGCUACCAAAAUCGCCAAACAAAACAUUACGUGGAUCUACAUCAUCUCAUCACAAUAGAAGUCACUUUGCUCGGGGAAGAGAUGGGGCACAUCGAGACACGUUAUCCACUCAUCACAAUAGUAGAGGAGGGCACCCACACAGGGGAAAUACGCCAAAUGGAGGUGCUGUAUAUAUGCAUCAAAAUUAUAGGACUGCAUCAGGAAGAGGAAAUGGGAUUAUUGGAGCUGCUCCACAUUCUCGUCCAAGUAAUAUGGGCAUGGGCAGAGGAAAAGUGCCAAAUGGGGUUCUUCAACACAAUCAUCGCAACGUAGGAAGUCAAUUUUGGGGAGGUGGAGCUAAGAAUCCCCAUGUGGUUAAAAGAUUCUCCAAGGAUUUUGAUUUUGAAGCAAUGAAUGAAAAAUUCAAUAAGAAAGAGGUAUGGGAUUUUCUGGGCAGAAGUAACAAGGCUGAAUCAGAUGACAAUGGAAUCGGGCAUGAGAAAGAAAUGGAUGACAGUGAUGCUGAGGAUGAAAUUGGGGAUGGAAGUGCAAAACAUGAUUACAAGCCUGUUUAUUGUAAGGACGACUUCUUUGAUUCUCUUUCUUGUCACACACUUGAUCGUGAAUCUGGAAAAGUGAAGUUCUCUGAACAAAGGAAAAAAGAUGUUGAGACAUUUGGUGAGAUUCAGAAAAACCAACGGGGUCGUGGUCGAGCUCGCAUGUCAGGGGCAUCUCAACGUUCAUAUCGUGGAAGAGGAUAUGACAAUGCACGUGGUGGCCGUGGCCAAGGAAGAACUGUUUGGGGUCGUGUCACUUAAAGAGAGCUUCUAUGUGUACUAGUGAAUGGUGUUCAGGAACUAGACAACACCCCGAAUUAUGUAGUACCUAGUCACGAUAAACUUCUAGUCAGGUUUAACUUGACAUUAUUGUAGUUAUAAUAAAUAAAGGACAGAAGGUAGAGCUUACUGCUGAACACCUAGGGUAAGAACUAUUUAAAGAUGAGCUAUGGUAAGACUUUGGAGUCCGGUGAUUGUAAGAGUAUGUAAUCAGUCACAGUUGGUUACCUGGUACAUAAUAAGUAGCAAGAUCAGCUGCUUCGAAUAAAAAUCUUUCAUGAACUUUGUGAACAA